UAUCCGAAUAAAUAUAAUAUCAAUUAUUAAUUCAUCAGGUUUAUAUAUUAUUGGCUGAUAAUCUUGCGAAUUAAUUAUAUUCCGUCCGAGACAUAACCAGCAACCAUAAACAUAUGUCAUUUUGAAGGGAUCCGAACGCGAGAAAACUUUGCAAGAUGGCGGAUGCAGAACUAGACAUUGAUAAUUUAAUUUCUCGACUAUUAGAGGUUCGAGGAUGCCGUCCAGGGAAAACUGUACAAAUGACAGAGGCUGAAGUUCGAGGUCUCUGUUUAAAGUCCAGGGAAAUUUUUCUACAGCAGCCAAUAUUACUGGAGUUGGAAGCUCCACUUAAAAUAUGUGGUGAUAUUCAUGGCCAGUACACAGACUUGUUGCGUCUUUUUGAGUACGGUGGCUUUCCUCCUGAGUCCAACUACCUCUUUCUGGGAGACUAUGUUGAUCGUGGUAAACAGUCGUUAGAGACUAUAUGCCUCUUAUUAGCAUAUAAGAUCAAAUAUCCAGAGAAUUUUUUCUUAUUGCGCGGUAAUCACGAGUGUGCGUCGAUCAACAGAAUCUAUGGCUUUUAUGAUGAAUGUCGUAGGAGAUAUGGUACAAAACUCUGGAAAACCUUCACAGACUGUUUCAAUUGCUUACCCAUCGCUGCCAUCAUUGAUGAAAAAAUAUUUUGCUGCCACGGUGGUUUGAGUCCAGACCUGCAGAGCAUGGAACAGAUUCGUCGAAUCAUGAGACCAACAGAUGUUCCAGAUACAGGUCUUCUCUGUGACCUCCUAUGGUCAGAUCCAGAUAAAGAAGUCUCAGGUUGGGGUGAAAACGACAGAGGGGUUUCUUUUAUCUUUGGUGCCGAUGUCGUCAGUAAAUUCCUGAAUCGUCAUGACCUGGAUUUGAUAUGCAGAGCACAUCAGGUUGUAGAGGAUGGAUAUGAGUUCUUCGCCAAACGUCAGUUGGUAACAUUAUUUUCUGCCCCUAAUUACUGUGGUGAAUUUGAUAAUGCAGGGGGCAUGAUGUCGGUAGAUGAAACAUUACUCUGUUCUUUUCAGAUUUUAAAGCCCUCUGAGAAGAAAGCUAAAUACCAAUAUAGUGGCUUGAGUCAAAACCGCUCUAAACUUCCAAACCAGCAGCGGCCGAUGCCCAAGAAGUAAGUCCUUUAAGAGAUUUGUCCGUAGAACAAUAACAUUUGGAGAGGAAAAGAGUUUGUCUGAAGCCGAAGGAAAACUGAAGCAUCUCUCUGUGCCUAGAAUUAUUAUUGAUCUGUUUCCAAUAGGAUUGAUGGUAGGAAGGAGGUCUGUUGUUGUUGUUCUUAUCUUUGACAGAAAUGAGAAACAACUGGGGUAGAAUUGCCCUGUAUUUAGAUUCAUUUUGUUUCUAGGGUUAAAACAAAAUUACUGGGCAUCAUUAAGCUUAGACAUUUAGACAUCAUUGAAUAUUCAUUUGCACUUGAUAUUCUCAUGUUUACCUUAUGCAUUUAUGUUUUGAUUCUUGAGCACAUUAUCAAUUUUUAAUAGAUCCACAUGUUUUAUUUUCAUGUUUUCUCUUCAUUUUCUAUCAUUUUCUUUGUAAUGUUUUUAACAAAUAAAGUAUUUCUCAAAAAAGUACAUAUGA